AUGGAUGCGGAUCAGUUCACGCCGGCGCAACUGUCCUUCUUCUCCAUCUACAGCCCGCCGCUGGGACCGACUGACGAAACAUUCGGCGACCAGGUCGUCUUUUACUAUUCGCGAUCAGCCAGGGAUGGACGCACGAAAGCCAAAGCAACGGCCGACGAGGAGCGACUGAGUGAGAAUGAGAAGCUACGCCAGAUUGGCCUUGCGCAGGGCAUGGCGGGCUUUGCCAGGAACUUUUCCGAUGGUGAACCCAUUGAAGCCGUCGAGACGGAGAAGUCGCGUAUCCUGAUGCACGAGCUGGAGAAGGACUGGUGGGUCCUGGCUGUACGUCGUUCCUCUUUCUGCCUCUCUGUAUCGAUAUACUCAUUCAUGGUGUCCCCUGCANNGUCCGUCGACCUCACACGUCUCCCGUCUUCAAACAAAGACCAAGAGUACGAAUACUCAUCGCGCGAGGUCAGCCCAGCUCCACUCCUUCUACAACAAGUCUUGACCGCCUAUCGCGUCUUCACACUACACCAUGGUCCUUCGCUCAGCGACAUGUAUGUCAAGCUCACGAGAGACAAAUUCUCGGCCCUCCUCGAUCGCUUCUGGACCCGCUUCUGUCGCAACUGGGACGUCCUGCUCCACGGCAACCCCGCUGUUGACAUCUUCGGAGGCUUGAAGCUUGCAGCUGGAGGCGAAUUGGGCUACGGCGUAGGCGAGGAAGAUUGGGGCAGUGGGGACAGAGAGGUGCUUGAAGAUUUGGUACAUCGUACUGAAGGCCUGGUCGACUUGCUCGUCCACCGUUUUGGUGAAGCUGCGCCUCCUGAGGACGACUACACCGACGAUGAUCCAUCUCAAAACACUCUCCAUGAUGCUCGUCAAGGUCUCCCGUGGCUAGGCUGUGGUACUGAGCCCCAGGCUCCAGAUGGCCUCAUUUUCAGUGGUGUGGGUGCAAUCACCCGCCCUUCUGUUCGAGACAUCUCCACCUGGGUUCGCGAUAUCUAUGCCUAUGGUGAGCACGCUUAUGGCGUAAAGGACAAUCCACAUCGACAGCGCCGCAAGAGACGCAGGCGUCAACCCGUGAACGACCCGGAUCCAGAGUCUGAAGCGCCUACUGCCACCGAAGAAGAGCUCAAGAACAAAGCUAUAGACAAGUUGAAGGGUAUCAAGCUACCACCUGACCCUCGUCCGCAAAUGCAUGACAGAGUCGCUUCUCACGAUCAUGCUACCGGUACUCCAGGCGCUCAGGUUGCUUCUCAUCCUGGUAUACCACCUCCCAUUGUCAGCGCUGUCGAAGCUUCACUUGAUCGAGCUAGCGCUUCUGCAGAGUCUCACGCUCCCAACCAACCCCCGCCAUCCUCUGAACAAUCCUCAUCAUGGAAUCUUGGAAGCUCUGACAAAUGGGUCAAGUAUCUCACUUUUGGUCUGGCAUCAGGUGGGAAACGCUCAGAGUCGCCAAAGCGACCAGAGGGCCCGCGUCGUACUUCAACAUCUAGCUCAAAGACUGUCAAGGGUGUCUCCAUCUCCAAAGUAAAAGACGACCACAAGGACGAACCACCAAUGCAGCACUUAGAUCCUACUCCAGAUGGUUAUCAAGCAAUGGCCGCAUUGCAACGCCAACGCCGACAAGAAAACAAAGGCCACUUCCUCGUCGGCUACCACGGCGAUCUCGAACGCGAACCAGCAGAGAACGACGACGACAGCGACACCACAAUCGGCGGUUCCGAAAUCCCCGAAGCCGAACGAAACACGUUGCGCACCGUAAAAGUCGAACUCACAGANAAGGGAGACAACCAAAACGAUGACCUGGACUCGCGAGACAGUUUUGUGAAUCAGGAUACUUCGUCGCGGUUGCGUGUUUUGGUGUAUGUGCAUCGACCUUUUAUUCAUGUGUUUUUGUUUGAGCAGAGGACGCCGUCGCUCAGCAUUACGGGCUUUUACCGCGAACUCCACAAGCAUUUGCGGCCGCUGCACAAAUCGCUCCUCAACAGCACGUCCGCGCAGAAAGUGGCGGAUAGGAUAGCAGCAGCGCAUACUUCGCCUCCAGAGCCUGCGUCUAUAAACCCGCAGAGCCCUCCUUAUUCACCACCCCGCAAUAGUCCUGUCUUCGACCUCGUUUACGAUCCUGUAAACCUGACUUGUCACACUUCUCUACCUAACAUUCCUGAGCCGGGGCAAGUUACACCCUAUGAAGGCAGCGUCGGCACAACGAGUUCAGGCCGUGACGCACCUCCCCAAUGGACACGUCUGGAAGCGCUAAACGUACACAGCCACAUCCUCUUCACGUUACAGCACUCGGCACGCAACGCCCAAGAAACAGAACGCACAUCCAAGACAACACGGCACUGGUGGGUCGUCUGGCUACGGAUUCCUCAACCCGGCGAGGGCGAUGGGAAACAUCCUCGUCCUGAGCACUGUAGAACUGCAUUUUUGGUCCGCAAAGCUAGAGAUCAUGUUGUUGAAAGNAGGGGCAUGGCCAGUGCUAAGAGCAUGGCGAGUAGAGUUAGCAGUGGCAUGUAUAAUCUUGUCGGCGCUAGAGCUGGAGGUGCUGAGAACAGUGAGGAUGGGGCUGGCGAUAAGGGAUGGGGAAGUGCUGCUGCAUUGGCAGGAGGUAUUGGCAUUGAUGCCAGGAAGUAUGUCGAGAAUCUGCUAAGUCUGAAUCGCUAG